UGCUCACUGCUGUAGAGCCGUGCACGUGCUACAGAGGAGCGCGAGGAGGCGGGCGCACGGAAACACAGCAGCCGUUGUGCUUAAAGACCGUGACAGUCCGGCGCUGGGGGAGUUACAAGAAGGCACGGAGCGGGACCUCCGUCUGCUCGCAAGCCUUCCAGGACCCUCGCCGUUUGGAAAGCAUGCGCUUCGACGUCCGUUCCCGCGGCAGUUGUGUUCGUGUGCCUUCGCCUGAGACCUUGUUCAGGGAGUUCGCGUGUUUCUCGCCGUCGACGACGGAGUGAAAUGUGUAGCCGGAGACGAGCCGCCAAUCCCCGCAGAGUUCGGAUGUGCGUUCGGUAGCUUCCAGAUGGUAGACAAGCCGUUGGUUGGUUGUGGAGAAUUGGCGCCGAGGAGCACAGCGAAUGUAAACCAGCACGCGCUCCCGCGACCACUCUCCCGUGCGUUUCGAUUUCUCGCAGUGCUGUGGGGACAGAGGCGAGGAUGCAGGUGAAGAAGCAGCGAGACUCCAGCCGGGGCGGCGGGGACAUCCUGGAAGGAGAGAGCCCCACCAAAAACCCCUCAUGUUUCUCAAAUAUCAAGAUAUUCUUGAUUGCCGAAUGCGCCCUCAUGCUGGCCCAGGGCACUGUGGGAGCUUACCUGGUGAGUGUGCUGACUACUCUGGAGCGGCGGUUCAACUUGCAAAGUGCUGAUGUCGGCGUGAUAGCCAGCAGCUUUGAAAUAGGCAACCUGGCUCUGAUCUUGUUCGUCAGCUACUUCGGGGCCAGGGCACAUCGACCACGUCUGAUUGGCUGUGGGGGCAUCGUCAUGGCCUUUGGCGCUUUUCUCUCCGCCUUGCCCGAGUUCCUGACUAAUCAGUACGAAAUAGUGGAAAUUGGGAGGACUGAUGUGGGUCGGGACAUCUGCUCGAACAGCAGCGGCAGCUUGGAGGCACAGCAGGUGGACGUAUUGUGCGCCAACAGGGCCAACACCAACAUGAUGUACCUGCUGUUGAUCGGAGCUCAGGUGCUGCUAGGGAUCGGAGCCACGCCGGUGCAGCCUCUGGGAGUUUCCUAUAUUGAUGACCACGUCAAGAAGAAGGACUCCUCUCUUUAUAUAGGAAUCCUCUUCUCCACGCUGGUGUUCGGACCCGCCUGCGGCUUCAUCCUCGGCUCCGUUUGCACUAAGUUCUAUGUGGAUGCCAUCUUCAUUGACACCAAAAAGCUGGGCAUCACUCCUGAAGACCCGCGGUGGAUCGGGGCCUGGUGGGCGGGCUUCCUCCUUUGUGGUGCCUUACUGUUUUUUUCGGCCGUCCUGAUGUUCGGCUUCCCGCAGUCUCUGCCCAAGAUGGAGAAAGAAGAAGGAGCAGAGAGUGAGCAGGUUAUGCUGCCUAACUCUCUCAGCUCCGACUCUGAGACUCCAAAGCCCAGUAAUGGACUGAUGCUCAACAAUGAGCCUGACAACAGCCCCACCUGCUGUCAGCAGCUGAGAGUGAUUCCAAAGGUGACCAAGCACCUGCUCUCCAACCCGGUGUUCACGUGCAUCGUCCUGGCGGCCUGCAUGGAGAUCGCAGUCGUGGCUGGGUUUGCAGCUUUUCUGGGGAAGUACCUGGAGCAGCAGUUCAACCUCACCACCUCCUCUGCCAACCAGCUGUUAGGUAUGACAGCGAUUCCCUGUGCGUGUUUGGGGAUCUUCAUGGGGGGCCUGCUGGUGAAAAAGCUGAACCUCUCCGCUCUUGGGGCCAUCCGCAUGGCCAUGAUAGUCAACCUGAUCUCCACCGCCUGCUACGUCUCCUUCCUGUUCCUCGGCUGCGACACGGGUCCCGUGGCAGGAGUCACGGUUACCUACGGCAAUGAGAGGCUGCAGGUGGGAGAGAAACCGGAGGCUGAGUGCAUCAGUCACUGCAACUGCUUCACGUCCUACAUCAGCCCCGUGUGCGGCUCCGACAGAGUCACCUACCUGUCCGCCUGCUUCGCCGGCUGCGCCCGCAAAGGCUUCUCUCAGAGUCAGUCCAACAUUUCUCAGAACCUGACGGGAUGUGCUUGCGUAUCUGCUGGAAGCGAGCCCGCCUCCGUGGUUCCGGGAAAAUGUCCCGUGCCGGGCUGCCAGGAGGCUUUCCUCAUCUUCCUGUGUGUGAUCUGUGUUUGCAGCCUGGUGGGAGCCAUGGCACAGACUCCCUCUGUCAUCGUUCUCAUCAGAACGGUGAGUCCUGAACUGAAAUCGUACGCUCUGGGAGUGCUGUUCCUUUUGCUGCGACUACUCGGUUUUAUCCCGCCUCCUCUGAUCUUUGGUGCUGGGAUCGACUCUACUUGCCUUUUCUGGAGCUCGGACUGCGGGGAGAGGGGGGCCUGCCUGCUAUACGACAACGUGACCUACAGGCACCUCUACGUAAGCCUCGCCAUCGUUCUCAAGAGCGUGGCCUUCCUCCUCUACUCUACCACUUGGUACUGCUUACGCAGGAACUACAAGAAAUACAUCAAAGGCCACGAGGGCCACUUAUCAGCGACGGAGUUCUACCCGUCUCUGAGCGAGGGCCCCAAUGUAGCAGACAGGACAAAGUUCAUAAAUAACCUGGAGAACCAAGAGCUUUGUGAAAACAUGGAGUCUGUUUUAUAAGGAAUGUUUUUGUUCUUGUUCCUCAAAAGAAUAAAGACUUCUUUAGGCCGCAGAAGACAUUCUCCACGUCUUUUUCCAAAGUGGAGAUGCCCUUCAGAGGUCGAAGUAGUAACAAACAGCUGCAGCCCCCGUCCCGCUCGGCUCUAGCGGACGCUGCUCCAACUGGAGCUGCCACGUGUGUCAUGAGUGUUUCCGCCGCCACCGUGUGACGUAAAGACGCUUUAUUGAUCGACGUCCUCGGUCGUUUCUUCAGUUUGUUUAAAAGUUGCCAAGUGUUUUAAAAACUAGUCGUCCAUCACUGCAUUUUACAUGGAGGCAGGAAGCAGCCAAUCUGCAUUCUUAUAGUGGCCUGUUAGACGUUUCACUUUCCUGUUCUUUUGCUGGAUCUUAGGUUUCGUUUUUGAUACUUGCUUAGGCGCAAAUGUGCAAUCCUCCAUCUGGAUUAUUAUCUGUUUAUUCCUUUUUUUGGAGCGUUUUUUGGAGCGUUUUUUUUCACUGUAGCAGUUUGCGAUUUUCAUGUUUACGUCUGCAGAAUGUAUUCAGCCUAACGUCUUAAUAAGGGAUUAAUUCAACAUAAUAGAUAAUUAUAUUUUAUUGUGGCUUCUGCUCCAAGUGGAGAAGCAAAGAAGAGAAUCAAAACAUCCUCCUCUUUAUGUUCAUAAAAUUAGCAAUGGUAUGUUUGGUUCCUUCAAGGAGGUUCUAUUAGAUUGUUCUUGAAAAAAAGAGUUUAAAUUAUUAAGAAUUUUAUCUCUGCCGGGUUUGUGUUUGCGUGUCGAUUGUGGAAGAAUGUUGGUGUAUUUGUUGUGUUGAGACUAAUUUGAUGCAUUUAUUUGCGCAGAAUGAAAACCAGUCCUAUAUGCAGGUCUGUAUUAUUUAACUGAAGCUCCCAGUAACAACACAGAAGGAAAAGAAAUUGCACCGACUGCACAUUACCCCACUGAUCUCUCUGCUACAGUUAUGACUGUCUCUUUUCUUACUCUUUUUGUAUGUCAGCAUAUCAUUUAUUUUAUUCUGGAAAUAAAUUAUUUUUCAGAAAAUUGA